GUGCAGAUGCAAGUAGAAGCUACUUUUGUAAGUGACGUACUGCGGGGAGACGAACAGACGGAAAUGCGGAUUAAAUUACUCAGACGUCUAGAAGAAGAAGUUCCUGCUGGUGAAGAUUAG